AUGAAGUGCAACGCCGCCUUGCUAGUCCUACUUAGCGCAUUACUCAGCGCUUCGAACGCUUUGAUACGAAAUGGGAACAAUACGCAAGCAUUAGUUCCGGAAAAGAGCGGUGACCCGAGUGGGGGCCAGAACAACCCCUCCGGUGAUAACCAAGACACGUGUGAAAUUCAAAAGAUGGCCGAAGAAAUGAUGGAAAAAAUGAUGAAAGAAAAAGACAUGUUUAGCUCCAUCAUGGAACCUCUCCAGAGCAAAUUACCCGACGAUCACCUCUGUUCAAAACUGAAAUAUACGAACAUUUGUCUUCAGGAAAAGGACAAAACUCCCUUGACCUUACCCUGCACAAGUCCGCAGUACGAACAAUUAAUUCAACACUUUACUUAUAAAAAGUUAUGCAACUCCCAGGUGGCCUUUAGUAACGUGUUGCUCAAAUCCUUCAUCAAUAAAAAAAACGAAGAAAAUACAUUUAAUACGAUCAUACAGAAUUACAAACUUCUGUCCACUUGUAUUGAUGAAGAUUUGAAGGACAUUUAUAAUGCAUCCAUAGAUUUAUUCUCCGAUAUUAGAACCUCCGUCACGGAAAUCACGGAAAAGUUGUGGUCCAAAAAUAUGAUCGAGGUUUUAAAGGCAAGAGAGCAAACCAUUGCAGGCAUUUUAUGUGAGUUAAGAAACGGAAAUAAUUCUACCCUAGUAUCCAACAGUUUGUCGUAUGAAAAUUUUGGAAUCCUCAAGGUUAAUUAUGAAGAGUUACUAAACCAGGCGUAUGCGGCGUUUUCAGACUACUAUUCAUAUUUCCCCGCUUUUGCCAUUAAAUUGUUAGAAAAGGGCGGGUUGGUCGAGCGGACCAGAAAUAUUCUCAAGAAGAUCAAUGAAAAGUCCAAAAAUGAGGUCCUGAAUAAUGGGGAUAUUAUGCACAGCUUGAGCAGUUACAAGCACCAUGCUGGGGGCACGCGUGGCUCCUUCCUGCAGUCCAGAGUUGCGCGCGAAGUUAGGCAAGGCGACGUGAGCGUUGACGAGAAGGGUGACCAGACUGCCACCACAGGGGGCAACCAAAGCGCAAACAUGGCCGCGGCGGCCCCCAAGGAUGCGAGCCCUACCACGGCUGCUUCCAACGCUGCUGCUUCCCCCGACACUACUGCUGCGAACACUGCUGCUGCGAACACCGCUGCUGCGAACACCGCUGCUGCUCCGAACACUGCUUCUGCUUCCAACGCUGCUGCUACUCCCAACCCUGCUGCUGCUCCGAACACUGCUGCUACUCCCAACUCUGCUACCCCCAACGCUGCUGCUACUUCCCCACUGAGCACCCCCCUGUACGACACAAGCUCCUUGAAGACAAAGGACGUCGUAGUGCUCGUCAGAGAUCUGCUCAAAAACACAAACAUCAUCAAGUUCGAGAAGGACGAACCGACUAGCCAAAUAGACGAGGAAGGAAUUAAGAAGCUCAUAGAGAGUUCCUUCUUCGACUUGAGCGACAACACCAUGUUAAUGCGAUUGCUCAUAAAGCCGCAGGCAGCCAUCUUAUUCAUCAUUCAGUCCUUCAUUAUGAUGACGCCGUCCCCCACGCGAGACGCCAAAAUCUAUUGCAAGAAAGUCCUAGUUAAUGGUCAGCUAGUCGAAACCUCCGAUUUAAGCGCUGCGACGGAGGAAGAAGAUCUGAUAAAUGAGUUUUCCAGCAAGUACAAUUUAUUCUACGAAAGGCUGAAACUGGAGGAGUUGCGCGAAAUUGAACAGAACAGGAAAGCGCUCAAGAAUUCGAAGGGCAGCCUGUCCGUGCUGGAGGUAGGCAACUCGCAGAAUGGUCCAGACGGGAGCGGAAACAACGGAAGCGGAAACGCCGCAAAUGGAAACAACGCAAAUGGGAACAACGCAAAUGGAAACAACGCAAAUGGAAACGCCGCAAAUGGAAACAACGGAAACGGAUCCCCCCUCAUCGCAGUGGUAGGGGCCGAUCUCGGCGAAAAAACUGACGACAUCAUCAAGAACAAUGUGGACGUGGCAGCCUUGGCAGCCGACGUGGAACAAGCCUUUAGAAACCUCGAAUUGAAAAGUGGAAGCUUCUCGGCAAACUUAUCGCACGCGCUGGUUCUCCUCUCUUCCAUUGCGUUACUCCUAUUCAUUUUUUAA